AGGAACCUAACAAAUGUUUCAGAAUUGCUUCUUCUGGGAUUUUCAGAAGAACCAGAACUGCAGCCCCUCAUAUUUGGAAUUUUUCUUUCCAUGUACCUGAUCACUGUGUUUGGGAACCUACUCAUCAUCCUGGCCAUUGGCUCUGACUCCCACCUUCACACACCCAUGUACUUCUUCCUCUCCAACUUGUCCUUUGUAGACAUCUGUUUCAUCUCCACCACCAUCCCAAAGAUGCUGUGGAACAUCCAGACCCAGAGAAAGGACAUCAGCUACAAAGGCUGCAUCGUACAGAUGUACUUUUUCCUACUCUUUGCAGGGUUGGAUGACUUCCUGCUGACAGUGAUGGCCUAUGACCGCUUUGUAGCUAUAUGCCAUCCUCUGCACUACACGGUCAUCAUGAAUCCCCAGCUCUGUGGAAUUCUGGUUCUGGUUAGUUGGAUCAUCAGUGUCCUAGAUUCCUUGCUACAAAGCCUAAUGACCUUAAGGCUGUCCUUCUGUAGACAGUUGAAUAUCCCUCAUUAUUUCUGUGAACUCAAGCAGUUAAUUCAACUUGCCUAUUCUGACAAACAUCUUAAUAACAUGAUGAUGAAUUUUGCAGCUGGGCUGCUGGGUGGUGUUCCGCUUGCUGGUAUCAUUUACUCUUACUAUAAGAUAGUUACUUCCAUAUGUGGAAUCUCAUCAAGGCAGGGGAAGUGUAAAGCUUUUUCCACCUGUGUAUCUCACCUCUCAGUUGUCUCCUUAUUUUAUUGUACCUGCUUAGGUGUGUACCUUCAUUCUGCAGGGACCCACAACUCACAUUCAACUGCAGUGACCUCAGUGAUGUACACUGUGGUCACACCCAUGCUGAACCCCUUCAUCUAUAGUCUGAGGAACAAGGACAUAAAAAGGGCUCUGCAAGCAUUCUUUUAA